AAAGGAGUAAUUGGGAUGAAGCCCUAGAGAGGUUCUUUCCAAACAGUGUGAUCAAACCCUCGAGCUGGCCAAGAUCUAAGCUAAUCUACCAUCGAUUUGCUCUCAGUGCGUUUGGUGUCCAGAUAAUAUUAAACGUGCCGCUCAUUCUAUGCUUAAUCCAUGUAUUAUCAUAGGGUUGUCCACACCUGAACGGUUCACUAAGCCCAACCGUAACAUCUCUCCACGCAACCUCUCAGUCUCCGCACUCGACACCCUUCCCAUCCUUCUCGUUUCUCUCACUUUGUCCGGAACCGUAACAUCCAAACGCCGGCGAUUCUCUCCGUCCGCCCAUAACCACCGCUGAUCUCUCUGUCUUCUUCAGACACCCGAUUCCUUCUAACACCUUGAAUCCCUCCUUUCUCGUCCCAUUUUCCUCGAAUAAUCUCUCCUCUCCCUCAGUCCCGAUUUCUCUCUCACUCUCUGUUACAAUUUAAGUCACGAAUCGUCGAAUCCUGUUCCAUUUCUGAGAUAUUUAACUUCAUUUUCGUCACCAAUUGCCUCUGUUCUGGUGGUUUACUGGGCUACGAGCUGAAGAUCAAUCUAUGGAAGAGGGCUUGCAAUGUAACCCUAAGACCCAGAAGGUGAUUACAUUGCGAUCUCCGCCGUUGUGGGUCGCAAUGUAACCCUAUGCUAAGUUGAUGUAAACAAGCUACGUAUCUGAGUCAUCGUGCUCCAUCAUUUCCAAUCAGGGCUUGCAGAGAGAGAAAGGGGAAUCAGAGUAUUAGGGUUAGCGCCUGAAGUGAUUGCAUUGCGAUCUCCGCUGUUGAGGUGAAAGGAGGACUCCAAAAGGGGCAACAUUUAUUGGCAAAUUCAAUGCAUUUUAUGUAAUUCAAGUUUAAAAAGGAAGUUUCAAUGGCCAAGAAAUCUGUAACACAACGAAGGUUAACAAAACUUGAUGUCUACCUAUACAUACCCAAUAUAAUUGGGUACAUAAGGGUUCUUAUGAACUGUUUUGCGUUUGCUCAGUGCUUCUCCAACAAGCAGCUUUUCUCAAUUCUCUAUUUUGUCAGCUUUGUCUGUGAUGGCGUAGAUGGUUGGUGUGCUCGUAAAUUCAAUCAAGUUUCAACCUUUGGAGCUGUUUUGGACAUGGUGACAGAUAGGAUAAGCACUGCGUGUCUCUUGGUAGUUCUUUCACAAGUAUACCGGCCUGGCUUGGUUUUCCUCUCAUUGCUUGCCUUAGAUAUUGCCAGCCACUGGCUGCAGAUGUACAGUACUUUCCUGUUAGGCAAGGCUAGUCACAAGGAUGUGAAAGACAGCACUAAUUGGCUUUUUAAAGCGUACUACGGGAAUCGGAUGUUUAUGGCUUACUGUUGUGUAGCUUGUGAGGUGCUUUAUAUAAUUCUAUUUCUUCUUGCAAAGAACGAAACUGAGAGCUUGAUUGAUGUUUUAACUGGACUUGCAAAGCAUAUUACACCUCUUUCUGUUCUUGUUGGUUUGAGUUUAUUUGGAUGGGCCGUCAAGCAAGCAGUCAAUCUUAUACAGUUGAAGACAGCGGCAGAUGUGUGCGUGCUUCAUGAUAUCAACAAAAAGCAGAGCCCCUAAUGCAAAUCAACUUCUAUGACCUGAGUUGCAUUCAACAUUCAGCCUUGCUGCCCAGUUCUUCAUGUUCAAAUGUGUAACCCGCGAGUGGGAUUGCUUUAUUUUAACGAGACAUAAAAUGAAGAAAGAAUUGUAAUGCCCUUUCUUUCAUUGAUUUAAUUUUAAAUUUAAAUUUUUUUGAGUGAACCGCGUAGCACAAAAUUUGAUACUUUGACAUUUUUCUUAACCUUAAAAGGAAGAAAGAAAAAAAAAACGGCAUGCUCUAAUUCCCGAGCGUCUUUCUUCUAGUUAGUUGUGUAUGAUGUGAAUCCAAACUCCGCAAAAGAUUUGUCAAUUGAAAUGAUAAUGAUGAUUAUUUGA